AUGAUUGGCCCAAGAUUGUUGCUCAUCGCCUGGGCCCUAAUAGCUGUGGCCCAGGCAUUUGAUGAGAUUGGGAAUCCGCUCGAUUCUGAGGACACAGAUGCCGAAAGCGAGGUCGACCUCCUCGUGCCGGUCGAAUCGGCGCUGAACACCGAUGAGCGCGUUUUCCGCGCGCGCGGAAUAGACGGAUUGCCCGCUAUUGGAAUUCAGCGCGGCGUGACCAUCGUAACCCCAUACCGUCUCUAUUUCCCCAAGCGAUUCUUCCGGGAAUUCGCGAUCCUGGCCGCUGUGAAACCAUCCGAUCGUCGUGGCGGCUAUUUGUUUGCCAUUGUCAACCCGUUCGACACGAUCGUCGACUUGGGGGUGUUGUUAGAGCCGGCUGACUCUGGCCGGACGAACAUCACGUUGAUGUACAGCAACUCGAGAACGGACACCUAUUCCAAGGCUAUCGCCUCAUUUCUAGUGCCGCAAUUUGAGCAGGAGUGGACACAGUUUGCACUUGAGGUCCGCCGUGACGAGGUGAUCCUCUACUUCAAAUGUGUUCGAUACUCGGCGAUCAGGGUAAACCGUGUCCCGGAACAACUUCACAUGGAAGAUGCUCACAAGCUCUAUAUUGCCGGCGCGGGCCCAAUUAUUAAGAGCGGCUACGAGAUUCCAGACGUCUAUCGUCAAAGGUGGCGCCGAGGAAAUUGGACCAACAAAUUCAAGCAGUUCAAGGAGAAGCUCGAAAAGGCGACCUUAGAACUAACUCAUCUACAGCCAUUCCUAUCCAAUCCGGCCAGCGGCUUUGAUGACGACGAGACCAUCCACUCAACGACUGAACAACCAUGGGAAGUGCUUGGAGAUGAACAAGCCGAAGACGGCUCUUAUUCCAUUGUCGACGUGCCGGAUGCACUCCCAGAACUCGUCGAACCAUCAGAAGAUGAUCAGCUGCCACGAUUGGAAUUGUUGCGCGUCUCGGAAGAGGGGGCAGACAGUCAGAGGGUGGAUGAUACUGGCGCCAUUCAAGAACUGAAGAUUAUGGAUGAACCGGCUGAAGCGGCUAGGCAAUGCGAUGAACGAUGGGACGAGGGCUCGGGCGGGUUUUUGGAUGAAGAUGGGCCAGGGAAGACACGGUCUUCACAGCCAAUGCUUGAACUUCCGCCAGCUCCCACACCACCACCACCGCCACCUCCAGAUUUUAUGCGCGAGCAGGCGGCCCGUCCCGAAGCAUGGGCGAGUCGGGCCCACCUUGUGGAUAUGGAUGGGGACAGUCUGAUUGUUCCAUUCGCCGGUCGCGGUGUCAAGAGUACUGUCGCG